AAUUUCAUUCUAUCCUGAUUCAUUUCCAUUCAUUUUCAUUCAUUUUAUUCCCAACCUCCACAUGGAAUUCUGAACCAUCAAUCAAUCAAUCAAUCAAUAACUUCACGAUCCUGCCUCUUCAACUCUUCACCCCUUCAUCCCCUUUACCAACCAUCUGUAUAUUAAUUUGUAAAUCGCUUUUAAUUCUCGAGGUAUCCGGUUUCUUCAUUCCCAGUUCCGCUUCCAACAGGUGAACCACCAAACCUACGGAAUUGUUCUAGCCAAUCCAAAUAAUCCCCCGCAAAAUUACACUGUCACAGGCUUAGCCUUGUUUUGUUCAUCGCAUCGGCCCAUCACCGUCGGCCAUCACGAGCUUGGAUCUUAUUAGAAAUCAUUUUAUCUCGCCAUCAAAAUCGACAUCUUUGCGACCCAAAGUUUAUCCAUCAUACAGCCAUAAGACCCGCAAGGUCUCUGUAGGCAUAAAAGCUCCAUCUACAGGGUUGUGUUUAAUUGGAAUAAAUUUGCUAUGGCUUCACCGCCAAAACCGUGGGAAAGAGGAGGCGCUGCAGUUGGUACCGCUCUUCCAAGUCCUGGUUAGUAUGCCCGUCAUAUUAUCUUAUCUUAUAUAACUUGCUAAUAUUGCUUUCCUUCACAGCCAUGACUUCAACCACCGCUGCUACAUCGGGUUCUGCUGGACCAUCGGUCUUAUCGUCUACAGCCAGUACUUCCUCGGGCGCACCAGCCAUUCCUGAACGUCCAUCCACUCUCACAAAUACCGUCAACCAAAACGCAUCCACAUACUCGCCAUACGGCGCAAAUAGACUAGGAGCCGUAGGCGCUUCGCCAUAUGGUAUGGGAACUAUGGGAUCCUAUUCAUCACCGUACUCAAGAAUGGGGGGAAUGGGAGGCAUGGGAGGCAUGGGAGGGUAUGGUUACGGUGGCAUGGGAGGGUAUGGAUCUAUGUAUGGUGGAGGCAUGGGCGGGAUGUAUGGGAAUAUGGGAGGAAUGGGAGGAAUGGGUCCAAAUGAUCCCAUGAGCUUGACGCAGGGCUUUACUCAGAGCACACAAGCUACCUUCCAAAUAAUCGAAAGUAUAGUUGGUGCAUUUGGAGGAUUUGCUCAAAUGCUUGAAAGCACAUAUAUGGCUACACACUCUAGUUUUUUCGGUAAGUCCAUUCCCCGUGGACGCACUCUUCCAAAGGUCCUCUACUAAUAAUUAUAGCAAUGGUUUCUGUGGCUGAGCAAUUCGGAAACUUGCGCAAUACUCUCGGAUCUAUCCUAGGAAUAUUUACCAUGAUGCGCUGGUUGCGCACUCUUUUCGCCAAAAUUACAGGCCGACCCAUGCCCGCAGAUGCCACCUCUUUAACACCCUCGGCAUUUGCCUCUUUUGAAGGCCGCAAAGUACUUCCAGAUGGAAGCUCGGCAGCCCGUCCAUCCAAGAAGCCUUUCUUGUUCUUCAUAGCAGCAGCCUUCGGUCUCCCAUACCUCAUGGGUAAGAUGAUUAAGGCCUUGGCUGCUUCACAAGAAGAGGAACAGAAACGACUAAUGGCAUCAGGCCAACUAAUGGGUGCUGACGGCCAGCCCGUACCUGCACAACUUGAUCCUUCGAAACUUGAUUUCUGUCGCGUCUUAUACGACUUUACCCCUGAAUCCGGCGCCGCAGUUCAAGGUGUGGAUCUCGAAGUUAAGAAAGGAGAUCUAGUAGCGGUUAUUAGUAAAAGUGAUCCGAUGGGUAAUCCGUCAGAAUGGUGGCGCUGUCGUGCUCGGGAUGGUCGGAUGGGAUACCUCCCUGCUGUGUACCUGGAAGUAGCAAGACGACCUGGUCAACCAAUAGCAGAAAUUAAGAGCGCGAGCCAAAGCGGAAGCCGAACCAGCACCUUGACUAGUUCAAGUAUUAGCAAUGCCAACCGAGCAAAAUCACUGGCGGCCCCUCCUGCUGUGGCUGGAAAGGCAGGUGAUAUUGGAGUGGAUAGUUUCCAGAAAAGUCAAUUUUAUUCGUAGAAUGCGAGUCUAUUUAAUGGAUAGUAAUAGUAGUGUUUUCACCUACUAUCCUAUCUAGGGUUGAAUGGCGUUUAAUGGGCAUUUGUUUCUGUUCCGCACGUCGUUCAAAAUACGAUAUCUUUGGGCUACGAUAAGGUCCGAAACGGACUUAAUGACUUGUUACUGGUAACCCAUGGGCUUAAAAAGAAGGUCUGCUUGGGUAUGGUUGACGAUAUGAUACAGAUACAAUGUUUCUCAUGGCCCGUGUAGAUAAUCGUUAAUUAGCAUCGGGAGGCGUUUUUCCUUUUGGAAAUUCUUUCUUUUCUGACUUUUGGGGUCUGGGGCCUGGAGGAGGGAGAACUUAAGAAUUGUUUAUUUAUCUAUCUUUUAGAUCUAUUGUUUUUAUGUGUGUAUAUAUAUAUUUGG